AUGUCAGGGAUAGCAAUACUCGGCGCUGGGAUCUUUGCUAAGGAAGCACACCUUCCAGCGCUUGCGAAGCUAGGUGCCAACACUCCUAUCUUGAGAGCGGUGUAUUCGCGGUCGGAGAAGAGUGCGCACGACUUUGCGACAGCAGCAGCAGCCACCCUCAAACUCGACCCUGCUCCAACUGUCUACCACGAUGGAGGCGAUCCAUCUGUCUCACUCGACGCAUUGCUCACCACGCGCUCCGAUAUCGACGCGGUCAUCGUUGUCCUUCCCAUCACCCUGCAGCCUUCCAUCAUUAUCAAGGCGCUAGCAGCUGGGAAGCAUGUCCUGAGCGAGAAGCCUGUCGCACCAGAUACUUCUAGUGGGCUUUCGCUGAUAGCGAAGUAUAAUGAGGAGUACAAGCCGAAGGGGCUGGUGUGGAGAGUCGCGGAGAAUUUCGAAGCAGAGCCGGGUUUCCAGGCAGCCGCGACGGCCAUAAGGGACGGUAAAAUCGGUAAAGUAUCAUUCUUCGACGUCCGCGUCGUGAACUACAUCGAUAAGGAGUCCAAGUGGUACAAGACACCGUGGAGGACGGUCCCAGACUACCAGGGCGGCUUCCUCACUUACUGCGCCAUCAAACAGCUGGACGGAGGCGUGCACACCGCCGCUGCACUGCGCGUCAUGCUCCCCUCGCCGCUGACACAUCUCUCCGGCUUCGCCUCCUUGAACAAGGACUACCUCCCACCCCACGACACCAUCCACGCCAUCGCCAAGUCCAUCGCCAAAGACUCCACCACCACCUUCCACGGCACGGCCUCGCUUACAUGGGCCUCGCCCACGGCCUCGAAAUCAGUCCCCGACGGUAUCACGAUCACCGGCUCGGACGGCUGGCUCUCAGCGACAACCAUCUACGCCGAGGGCGUGGUGCGCAUCACCAUCAAGUCCGUGGUCCACGCCGCAGGGAAGCCCGACGAAGAACGCGAGGAGAUCAUCGACAAGCCGAUCCAGGGCGUCCAGCGGGAGCUCGAGAGCUUCUUCGCAGCGACGAAGGGGACGGACGACGGGCUGGGCGACCCGCUGGGAGCGCUGCGGGAUGUGGCGUUCAUCCAAGCUGGGCUGGACAGCAACGGUGCCCUCGUAGAUCUCGAGAAGCUGAUUAGCUCUGAUUAG